AUGUGACAGAGUUCAUGUUAAACCAGCUUUUGAGUGGAUGUGUGUUACAACAACCUGUCAGAUAAAUGCAGUUCAAGUGUAAAAAGUGUUUCACUGUGAAGGAGCAGAAACAAACUGAAGCCACCAACAACUCUUCAGCGGUCUAAACACACCGGGACCGUGUCAGUCCAGUCUCUCCUCCUGUUCCUGUUCCUGUCUGUUGUGGCUGUUCUCGGAUCAGUGAACGUCUCCAGGUUUCCUCCCCAUCACAUCCAUCACAUCCAGCCCAGAGCCCCGCCCCGCCUCACUCAGCAGCCUGGCGGAGAAGCUCCAACCUGCCGCCCCGGACAGGCGAUGAUGGCGGCGGCUGCGGACAGAGGAGCGGUCCGGGGGGGCGCUUUCCCGCCGGGUCCGGUGGUAACGGCGGCGGAGCCCGAGGUGGUGUCCGGUCCCGGUGCUGCCGGAGAGACUGAUGGCCGCGUCCCGGUGCCGAUGAACCUGUUCGCCACCUGGGAGAUCGACCGGUCCUCACCGAGCUGCGUGCCCAGGUUGUGUAGCCUGACUCUGAAGAAGCUGAUGGUUUUGAGGGAGUUGGACAAAGAGCUCAGCUCCGUCGUCAUCGCUGUUAAGAUCCAGGGCUCUAAACGAACUCUGAGAUCCAACGAGUAUCUUCUUCCUCCAGACGGCCUCAUGGAAACAGACCUGGAGCUCACCUUCUCCCUGCAGUAUCCUCACUUCCUGAAGCGAGAUGCAAACCGCCUGCACGUGAUGCUGCAGAGGAGGAAGAGGUACAAGAACCGAACCAUCCUGGGCUACAAAACCCUGGCGGUGGGAGUCAUCAACAUGGCCGAGGUGAUGCAGCAUCCGACCGAUGGAGCCCACGUCCUCGGUCUCCAUAGCAACCUGAAGGAUGCUUCGGUGCGCGCGGCGGAGCUGAGUGUCCUUUCUCUCUCCAGCCAGCCAAUCGAACAGGAGGACACAAGCGGUCACCAUGGCAACAAGACCAAGGCCUCGGAUCGCUCCCCUGACAUGGAGAACUACUGGGAGGACGACGACGACAGCUUCUCCUCCGAACAGGAAGGAAGUGAUGACGCAGUCCAGCCUCAGGAUAUGUACGAUGACGAUGACGAUGUUCAGGGAAAGACGAAGAAGUCUCACAGGAAAAUGAUCCGAACCACCUCCCUGACUCAGCAACCGAACUUCAAACAGAAGUUUGUGGCUCUGUUGAAGAGAUUCAAAGUGACUGAUGAGGUUCUGGACUCGGACCCGGUGGGUCAGAGUCAGGAGGUUGAGGAGGACCUGGACCUCCUGUACGACAGUCUGGAGGUCUACAACCCGAGCGACAGCGGCCCUGAGCUGGACGACAACGACAGCAUCCUGAGCACGCCCAAACCCAAACUCAGGCCGUUCUUCGAGGGGAUUUCUCAGUCGAGCUCUCAGACUGAUAUCGGGAGUCUCCACAGUCAGAGGAGCCAACAUAGAGAACGACCUGCAGCCGUGAGUUUCUGGACUCUCUCUCUCUCACUCACACACACACACAGACACAGGUUUUUCUUCUGCUGCUGCAUCCUCUUCUUAUUCUCUCCACAGGAAGUUGAGGAUGAUGUUGCCAUGGGAACAGAUGCAGGUCCAGCUGCUAAACUCUGUAAAACUGAGUCGCAAACACACAUGUCACCAAGUAAGACAGGAAGUCAGGUGUCUCGCCAUCCGUGGAGCGUCUCCAUGAAGGACAGACAGAACUCCAGAGGGACAGACAGAACCAGCAGUGUGGACAGUGAGACAUCAGCGGACUACAGGAUCCCUCCUCCACAGGUUGCCAGAAAGUCAGUCCUGGAUCAGCUGAACCACAUCCUGUUCUCUGACGAUCAGAUUCCUGACACCAUCACCCUGAUCAACACCACAGACUGGCAGGGACAGUAUCUGUCGGAGGUUCUUUUCGAUCAGCCAAUUGUCUGCACCGUCUCAGCGGCUGACGUUCAGGCCGCCUUCAGCGCCAUCAUCAGCCGCAUCCAGAGAUUCUGUAACUGUAACUCUCAGACGCCGCCCACGGUGAAGGUGGCGGUGGGUGGAGAUCAGAGCUACCUCAGCACCGUCCUCUGCUGCUUUGUGGAGCAGCUCGCCAGCAAGACGCCCGAUUGGCUGAACUACGUCCGCUUCCUCGUCCUCCCCGUCGGAGCCCACCCGCUGGCCAAGUACCUGGCCUCCCUGGAUGCUAAAUUCAACAGCCUGUUCAUGGACGCUGGCUGGAGGGAGCUGUUCGGACGCCUGGAGCCUCCACCUCUUGAUCCUGUGGGCGUAGCGGGUCGAGUGUCUCAGUAUCUGAGCGGAGCUGCUGUGUCUCACCUGUGUCCGAUCUCUGAGGCCAUGCUCACCUGCAAACACAAGAGCCCCGACGACGACUCCUGUCAGAAGUUUGUUCCUUUUAUCGGGCUGGUGAAGGUCGGCGUCGUGGAGCAGAACUUCCUGUCCACCUCAGUGGACAGUGAUGACAUCAUACUGGGAUCUCCUCCCUCCCAAUCAGGAGCUCCGAUCAGCAUCACCUCCACUCCUCCUCCCUCCCCCUCCAUCAGCUGUCCGGGGGAGGUGAUGGGUCUGCAGGUGGACUACUGGAGCAAUCAGGGGGGAGGAGGAGGCGGAGGAGGGGGAGGAGGAGCAGGAGAGAGGAGGAAGGAGGUGGGAAUGAAGAACACGCUGAAGAGCAACUUCCGCAGUCUGCAGGUGUCGAGGAUCAGCGGAGGAGAACUGAUGAGCAUGACGGUGGUGACCAAAGAGAAGAACAAGAAAGUCAUGUUCCUCAGUAAAAAGACAAAGGAGAAGGAGGCGGAGUCGAGGAGUCAGCUGAUCGAGGGAAUCAGCAGGUUGAUCUGUACCUCCAAACACCAACACACACUGAGAGUGUCUGUAGACGGAGUGGAGUGGAACGAUGUCAAGUUUUUCCAGCUGGCUGCUCAGUGGCCGACACACGUCAAACACUUUCCUGUUGGGAUCUUCAGCUACAACAAACCCUGAACCUCCUCCACCUCCUCCUCCACCUCCUCCUCCACCUCCAUCAGAUCCACGGCUUCGUACCAGCAGAGGUGCAGAGACCUCGUUUGCCUUUCUUCACUCUCAUCAUGUUGAAACUCUUUGUAACCUGUGAGUUACUUUUUAAUUAUUUCAAUAAUAAUAAAUCUUUAUUACUUUAUUACUGUAAAUACUGUACACAGCUUCAGUGUGUGUGUGUCUGAUAAUAAUAAUAUUACUGUUAUUUGUACAUGGAUUAACUGACUUAGUUUGAUUUGACACAGUCCUUUAACCUGUGCAUACAGAAGUGCAGCUGCUUCACAGUUUGUGUCCCAGACGUCAGAGCCUCUGUUAGAGGUGACUGUUAAUAUUUCAGACAGUGGGUACUGUCAGGUGAUGUACCCACAAUCCUCAGCUGCUGUUGAUAUGGAGAUGUGACUCUGUGCUGUCAGUCUCUGACUUCACCUCGUUAGUGUUUCAUGUUGUUUCCUUGUGUUUGUGUUUGUUGAGUCUCCGAGCUUUAACCCUUUAAACUGACAGGAAGGAUGUUUGAAACAAUAAACACAA